GCUCCUGCCCGGCUCGACCUGCGCGGCCUACGGCUUCCCGCGAACUCGAGGACCGCAUUCGGGCCUGGCUCCGCCCGCGGCCUGCAAAGAGGCUUUUAAAAACCAUGGCAGAUGUGGACCCGGAUACAUUGCUGGAAUGGCUACAGAUGGGGCAGGGAGAUGAAAGGGACAUGCAGCUAAUAGCCCUUGAACAGCUAUGUAUGCUGCUUUUGAUGUCUGACAACGUGGAUCGUUGUUUUGAAACGUGCCCUCCUCGUACAUUUUUACCAGCACUCUGUAAAAUUUUUCUUGAUGAAAGUGCACCAGACAAUGUAUUAGAAGUGACAGCCCGUGCCAUAACCUACUACCUAGACGUAUCAGCAGAAUGUACUCGGAGAAUCGUUGGAGUAGAUGGAGCCAUAAAAGCACUUUGUAAUCGUUUGGUGGUAGUUGAACUUAACAACAGAACCAGCAGAGACUUAGCUGAACAGUGCGUCAAAUUUUUAGAACUGAUCUGUACUCGUGAAUCAGGAGCUGUCUUUGAGGCUGGUGGUUUAAACUGUGUGUUGACAUUCAUUCCUGAUAGUGGGCACCUGGUUCAUAAAGAUACCCUUCAUUCUGCAAUGGCAGUAGUGUCAAGACUUUGUGGCAAAAUGGAACCUCAAGAUUCAUCAUUAGAAAUCUGUGUAGAAUCCCUGUCUAGUUUAUUAAAACAUGAAGAUCAUCAGGUUUCAGAUGGAGCUUUGCGAUGUUUUGCCUCCCUAGCUGACAGAUUUACUCGACGUGGUGUUGACCCAGCCCCAUUAGCCAAACAUGGACUAACUGAAGAGCUAUUAUCUCGAAUGGCAGCAGCUGGUGGUACUGUAUCAGGGCCAUCAUCAGCAUGCAAACCAGGGAGAAGCACAACCGGAGCACCAUCUACAGCUGCUGAUUCCAAAUUAAGUAAUCAGGUUUCAACUAUUGUAAGUUUGCUGUCAACACUUUGCAGAGGCUCUCCAGUAGUCACACAUGAUCUCCUGAGGUCUGAGCUUCCAGAUUCAAUUGAAAGUGCUCUACAGGGUGAUGAAAGAUGUGUGUUGGAUACCAUGCGUUUGGUUGACCUUCUCUUGGUGCUGUUAUUUGAAGGACGAAAGGCCCUACCGAAGUCCAGUGCUGGAUCUACAGGCAGAAUUCCAGGGCUUCGUAGAUUGGAUAGUUCUGGAGAGCGCUCACAUAGGCAGCUCAUAGACUGUAUCCGAAGUAAAGAUACUGAUGCACUUAUAGAUGCAAUUGACACAGGAGCAUUUGAAGUGAAUUUUAUGGAUGAUGUAGGGCAAACCCUUUUAAACUGGGCCUCUGCUUUUGGAACUCAGGAAAUGGUAGAAUUUCUGUGUGAAAGAGGUGCUGAUGUUAACAGGGGUCAAAGGUCGUCAUCCUUACAUUAUGCAGCCUGCUUUGGAAGACCUCAAGUAGCAAAAACCCUGUUAAGACAUGGCGCAAACCCUGAUUUAAGGGAUGAAGAUGGGAAAACUCCUUUAGAUAAAGCACGAGAACGAGGUCAUAGUGAAGUAGUAGCUAUUCUUCAGUCUCCAGGUGACUGGAUGUGUCCAGUCAAUAAAGGAGAUGAUAAAAAGAAGAAAGAUGCAAAUAAAGAUGAAGAAGAAUGUAAUGAACCCAAAGGAGAUCCAGAAAUGGCACCAAUAUACUUGAAAAGAUUAUUACCAGUCUUUGCACAAACAUUUCAGCAAACUAUGUUACCUUCAAUCAGGAAAGCAAGUCUUGCUCUCAUUAGAAAAAUGAUUCAUUUUUGUUCUGAAGCACUCCUUAAAGAAGUUUGUGAUUCUGAUGCUGGUCACAAUUUACCUACAAUACUAGUGGAGAUUACUGCCACUGUUCUUGAUCAAGAGGAUGACGAUGACGGCCACUUGUUAGCUUUGCAGAUCAUAAGGGACUUGGUAGAUAAAGGCGGUGAUCUGUUUUUGGAUCAGCUUGCCAGGCUUGGAGUAAUUAGUAAAGUGUCAGCCUUGGCAGGACCUUCUUCUGAUGAUGAAAAUGAAGAGGAAUCAAAACCUGAGAAGGAAGAUGAACCACAGGAAGAUGCUAAAGAAUUGCAGCAGGGUAAACCAUACCAUUGGAGAGACUGGUCAAUUAUUAGAGGAAGGGACUGCUUAUAUAUCUGGAGUGAUGCAGCAGCUUUGGAAUUAUCUAAUGGCAGCAAUGGGUGGUUCAGAUUUAUCUUGGAUGGGAAACUUGCCACGAUGUAUUCCAGUGGCAGUCCUGAAGGCGGAUCUGACAGUUCAGAAAGCAGAAGUGAGUUCUUAGAGAAGUUGCAAAGAGCUCGAAGCCAAGUAAAGCCAUCUACUUCAAGUCAACCUAUACUUUCAGUUCCAGGACCCACUAAACUUACUGUAGGCAAUUGGUCACUAACAUGUUUAAAAGAAGGAGAAAUUGCUAUUCAUAAUUCAGAUGGUCAACAGGCUACAAUAUUGAAAGAAGAUCUACCUGGUUUUGUCUUUGAAUCUAAUAGAGGAACUAAACAUUCAUUUACAGCUGAAACCUCUUUGGGGUCAGAAUUUGUCACUGGCUGGACUGGCAAAAGGGGAAGAAAAUUGAAAUCUAAGUUGGAGAAAACAAAGCAAAAGGUACGAACUAUGGCCAGAGAUUUGUAUGAUGAUCACUUUAAAGCUGUUGAAAGCAUGCCUCGGGGAGUAGUGGUAACACUUAGAAACAUAGCAACUCAAUUAGAAUCAUCCUGGGAACUUCAUACAAACAGACAAUGCAUUGAGAGUGAGAAUACUUGGAGAGAUUUAAUGAAGACAGCUUUGGAAAACUUAAUUGUACUCUUGAAGGAUGAAAACACUAUUUCACCUUAUGAAAUGUGUAGUAGUGGUUUGGUGCAAGCACUUCUUACAGUUCUGAAUAAUAGCAUGGAUUUAGAGGUGAAACAAGAUUGUAGUCAGCUAGUAGAGAGGAUCAAUGUUUUCAAGACAGCCUUCAGUGAAAAUGAAGAUGAUGAAAGUCGUCCAGCAGUUGCAUUAAUUCGGAAGUUAAUAGCAGUGCUAGAAUCUAUUGAACGUCUACCUCUCCAUUUGUAUGAUACCCCAGGAUCUACAUAUAAUCUCCAGAUACUGACAAGAAGAUUGCGAUUUCGUUUGGAACGUGCAUCUGGGGAGACAUCAUUAAUAGAUCGAACUGGAAGAAUGUUGAAAAUGGAACCCCUAGCAACAGUUGAAUCUUUAGAACAGUAUCUCUUGAAAAUGGUAGCAAAGCAAUGGUAUGAUUUUGAUCGGUCAUCUUUUGUUUUUGUUCGGAAAUUACGAGAAGGGCAAAAUUUUAUAUUCCGGCACCAGCAUGAUUUUGACGAAAAUGGAAUCAUUUACUGGAUUGGGACAAAUGCUAAGACUGCAUAUGAGUGGGUAAAUCCAGCAGCCUAUGGAUUGGUGGUAGUAACAUCAUCAGAAGGAAGAAAUCUGCCUUACGGUCGCUUAGAAGACAUCCUAAGCCGAGAUAGUUCAGCGCUUAACUGUCAUAGCAAUGAUGAUAAGAAUGCUUGGUUUGCCAUAGAUCUUGGUCUGUGGGUAAUUCCAUCAGCAUAUACAUUACGCCAUGCUCGUGGUUAUGGAAGAUCUGCACUUAGAAACUGGGUUUUCCAAGUAUCCAAAGAUGGACAGAACUGGACUACUUUGUAUACACAUGUUGAUGAUUGUAGUCUGAAUGAACCAGGGUCAACAGCAACAUGGCCUCUUGAUCCACCAAAGGAUGAGAAACAAGGAUGGAGGCAUGUGAGAAUCAAACAAAUGGGAAAGAAUGCUAGUGGCCAAACACACUACCUCUCCUUAUCUGGAUUUGAACUUUACGGCACUGUGAACGGAGUGUGUGAAGAUCAGCUAGGAAAAGCAGCUAAAGAAGCUGAGGCUAAUUUAAGAAGGCAGCGACGGCUGGUACGCUCCCAAGUUUUAAAGUACAUGGUUCCUGGAGCCCGGGUAAUACGAGGAAUUGAUUGGAAAUGGAGAGAUCAGGAUGGCAGCCCACAAGGAGAAGGCACUGUCACAGGAGAACUUCAUAAUGGCUGGAUUGAUGUCACCUGGGAUGCUGGUGGCUCAAACUCUUACCGUAUGGGCGCAGAAGGAAAAUUUGACCUCAAGCUUGCACCAGGGUACGACCCUGAUACAGCGGCAUCACCCAAACCUGUUUCAUCCACUGUUUCAGGCACAACACAAUCAUGGAGCAGCUUGGUGAAAAACAACUGUCCAGACAAGACCUCUGCUGCUGCAGGCUCCUCAAGUAGAAAAGGAAGCAGCAGUUCUGUGUGUAGCGUGGCCAGUAGCAGCGACCUCAGCUUGGGUUCGACCAAAAUGGAGCGGAGAUCAGAGAGUGUAAUGGAACAGAGUAUAGUUUCAGGAACUGAUGUCCAUGAGCCGAUUGUUGUUCUCUCAUCUGCUGAAAGCGUGCCUCAAGCUGAAGUAGGGUCAUCCUCCAGUGCGAGCACCAGCACCUUAACAGCGGACACAGGAAGUGAAAAUGCUGAAAGGAAGUUAGGUCCUGAUAGUUCUGUUCGUACUGCUGGAGAGUCUAGUGCCAUAUCCAUGGGGAUUGUGAGUGUUAGCUCUCCCGAUGUUAGUUCAGUGUCUGAAUUGACUAACAAAGAAGCAGCUUCACAAAGACCCCUUAGCUCUUCAGCAAGUAACAGACUCUCAGUAAGUUCUUUGUUGGCUGCUGGGGCCCCUAUGAGCUCUAGUGCAAGUGUUCCUAACUUAUCCUCUAGAGAAACUUCUAGUUUGGAGUCUUUUGUAAGGAGAGUGGCAAACAUAGCACGAACCAAUGCCACCAACAACAUGAAUUUGAGUCGCAGCAGCAGUGAUAAUAACACUAAUACUCUGGGGAGGAAUGUGAUGAGCACUGCAACAUCUCCUCUUAUGGGUGCCCAGAGUUUUCCUAAUUUGACUACAACUGGUACUACGUCUACAGUGACAAUGUCAACAUCUAGCGUUACUAGCAGCAGUAAUGUAGCCACAGCAACAACAGUUCUAUCAGUUGGUCAGUCACUAAGUAAUACUUUAACCACCAGCCUCACAUCAACAUCAAGUGAGAGUGACACAGGUCAGGAAGCAGAAUAUUCCUUGUAUGAUUUUCUUGAUAGCUGUCGUGCAAGUACAUUGUUAGCAGAGUUAGAUGAUGAUGAGGACUUACCUGAGCCAGAUGAAGAAGAUGAUGAGAAUGAAGAUGAUAACCAGGAGGAUCAAGAGUAUGAAGAAGUUAUGAUCCUGAGGCGUCCAUCCCUGCAACGUCGGGCAGGCUCCCGUUCUGAUGUGACUCACCAUGCUGUCACGUCACAGCUGCCACAGGUCCCUGCUGGAGCAGGCAGCAGGCCCCUUGGGGAACAGGAAGAGGAAGAGUAUGAAACUAAAGGAGGGCGUCGGAGAACUUGGGAUGAUGAUUAUGUGCUAAAACGUCAGUUUUCUGCAUUAGUACCUGCUUUUGAUCCCAGACCUGGUCGUACUAAUGUCCAGCAGACAACUGAUCUAGAAAUUCCACCCCCUGGUACACCUCACUGACUCUUAGAAGAAGUUGAAUGUACUCCAUCACCUCGAUUAGCACUUACUUUGAAAGUAACAGGUCUUGGAACAACUCGUGAAGUCGAAUUGCCCCUCACUAACUUCAGAUCAACCAUCUUUUACUAUGUACAAAAAUUACUUCAAUUUUCCUGUAAUGGCAAUGUGAAAUCUGAUAAACUUAGGCGUAUUUGGGAACCAACAUACACAAUCAUGUACAGAGAGAUGAAGGAUUCUGACAAAGAAAAGGAAACUGGAAAGAUGGGUUGCUGGUCUAUAGAGCAUGUGGAACAGUACCUUGGCACUGAUGAAUUACCAAAGAAUGACUUGAUAACCUACCUGCAGAAGAAUGCAGACUCCGCUUUCCUGCGCCACUGGAAAUUAACCGGCACUAAUAAAAGUAUUAGGAAAAACAGAAAUUGUUCUCAGCUCAUAGCUGCAUACAAGGAUUUUUGUGAGCAUGGAUCAAAAUCUGGAUUGAGCCAGGGAGCCAUUUCUACUUUUCAAAAUUGUGAUAUUCUGAGUUUGGCCAAAGAACAGCCACAGGCCAAAGCAGGCAAUGGACAGAAUUCAUGUGGAGUAGAAGAUGUUUUACAAUUGUUACGUAUUCUGUAUAUAGUUGCAAGUGAUCCUUACUCAAGAUCUUCCCAAGAAGAAGGAGAUGAGCAGCUUCAGUUUAAUUUUCCACCAGAUGAAUUCACAAGCAAAAAAAUCACUACGAAAAUCUUGCAGCAGAUUGAGGAACCAUUGGCAUUAGCAAGUGGGGCUCUGCCAGAUUGGUGUGAACAGUUAACCAGCAAAUGUCCCUUCUUAAUACCAUUUGAAACUAGGCAGCUUUAUUUCACAUGUACAGCAUUUGGAGCAUCCAGAGCAAUUGUAUGGUUGCAGAACAGGCGCGAGGCUACUGUUGAGCGAACGAGAACAACAAGUACCGUGAGACGAGAUGAUCCAGGAGAGUUCAGAGUGGGUCGUCUUAAGCACGAAAGAGUCAAGGUUCCACGCGGUGAUUCCCUGAUGGAGUGGGCUGAGAAUGUUAUGCAAAUACAUGCAGAUCGGAAAUCAGUUCUGGAGGUUGAGUUUUUGGGAGAAGAAGGGACUGGCUUGGGACCUACACUAGAAUUUUAUGCUUUGGUGGCAGCAGAAUUCCAGAGAACUGAACUGGGAACAUGGCUUUGUGAUGAUGACUUCCCAGAUGAUGAAUCUCGUCAUGUUGAUCUUGGAGGUGGAUUGAAACCCCCUGGGUACUAUGUACAAAGAUCAUGUGGACUGUUUACCGCACCAUUCCCACAAGAUAGUGAUGAACUUGAAAGAAUCACAAAACUCUUUCACUUCCUUGGAAUUUUCUUGGCCAAAUGCAUUCAGGACAAUAGACUUGUGGACUUACCCAUUUCUAAGCCUUUCUUUAAACUCAUGUGUAUGGGUGACAUUAAAAGCAAUAUGAGUAAACUAAUUUAUGAGUCACGAGGUGAUAGAGACUUACACUGUACUGAAAGUCAGUCUGAAGCAUCUACAGAAGAAGGUCAUGAUUCACUCUCAGUAGGAAGCUUUGAAGAAGAUUCAAAAUCUGAAUUUAUUCUUGAUCCACCCAAACCAAAACCCCCAGCUUGGUUUAAUGGGAUUUUAACUUGGGAAGAUUUUGAACUGGUAAAUCCCCACAGAGCCAGAUUUUUAAAAGAAAUUAAGGAUCUUGCUAUUAAAAGGCGCCAAAUUUUAGGCAACAAAAGUCUUUCAGAAGAUGAAAAGAACACAAAAUUGCAGGAUCUAAUGCUGAAGAAUCCAUCAGGUUCUGGACCUCCUCUUAGCAUAGAAGAUUUAGGUUUAAAUUUCCAGUUCUGUCCUUCCUCCAGAGUUUAUGGAUUUACAGCUGUGGAUCUCAAACCUCGAGGUGAAGAUGAGAUGAUUACAAUGGACAAUGCGGAGGAAUAUGUGGAUCUGAUGUUUGACUUCUGCAUGCAGACUGGUAUUCAGAAACAGAUGGAAGCUUUUAGAGAUGGAUUUAAUAAAGUCUUCCCAAUGGAGAAGCUGAGUUCCUUCAGCCAUGAAGAAGUCCAGAUGAUUCUUUGUGGAAAUCAGUCACCAUCCUGGGCUGCUGAAGAUAUUAUCAAUUAUACUGAACCCAAGCUAGGCUAUACACGUGAUAGCCCGGGUUUCCUGCGGUUUGUGAGGGUUUUGUGUGGUAUGUCAUCAGAUGAAAGGAAAGCAUUCCUGCAGUUCACCACUGGCUGCUCAACUCUGCCCCCCGGUGGACUGGCUAACCUUCAUCCCCGUCUUACUGUUGUACGCAAGGUUGAUGCUACGGAUGCAAGUUACCCAUCAGUAAAUACAUGUGUGCAUUACCUUAAGUUGCCUGAAUAUUCCUCUGAGGAGAUUAUGAGAGAACGCCUACUAGCUGCUACUAUGGAGAAAGGCUUUCAUCUCAAUUGAACUAUGGAGUGCAAUGAAAGACAUCCAAGACUUUUUUGAUAAUAAUGAAGCCUCUUGUGUUUGUGUGCAGAACAGUGUAUGACCUUCACGCCAUGCUCUGAUGACACUUGCCUUUUUUUUCCACCUUUGAGGCUUAGAAACUUGUGGAAUAAGUUUUUUAGCUGCUAAAGACAAAAUGAAUCCCUUUUAAAUACCCAGCCAGCUGGUAAAUAGCACAGAACACUGUGAUGCUUCAAGGGCUUACGUGACUGGAAUAAGGUGGUCCUGUUUGAUUGUUCCAAAGAGCAGCUCCUCAAAUCUUCAGUGUUCACUGAAAAAUUUCUAACAGUGUAUUUGUGUAAAAUUUGUCAUUUCAUGCCCUGUACACUACAGUUGCCAUCACUGAUCCCUAUUUUGCUGGCUUUUAAGCUAUUUGGUCAAAAAACCUGCUUCCUUAAAACUUAGAGAGUUAAUGGGCAUCUCAAGCUUUUUCUUUCCCUUUUUAAUGAUGCCUGCACUAUCAGAGUAUUCUAGUGUUCUCUCUUUUGUUUGGCAUAUAAUCAUGCACAACCUUUUUAUUUCUUUGAAGUGGGAGUAUAUUUUUAUUUCCUAAUGCCCUGCUAUAAAGAUCAAAUUCUUAAGUGUGUUUGUGCAGCUCAACAAUAAAGCUAUAUUAAAAAAAAUAAAAAUAAAAAUAAAAAACACUGGUUCUAGGUGCAAGGCACACUUAAAGCAAGUUCUGCUUUUGGUUGUAUUUUCUUUGUAUAUUAUAAACAUUUAUUUAACUUGUUGCAGUUUGAAGUAAAAAAAAUUCCAAUGUGUAUGCUCAACAAUAAUCAUUAAAAUGUUUGCAGCGUA